GGGAAGGGAGCAGAUGAAGCUUCCACACAGGGGGAACAGGAGCACAAGGCAGAUAUGGAAGAAGAAGGCAAGGGGGAGCAAGGAUCUCAAGGGGAAAAAAUGGAAAUUACAGCCUCUUCAGAUGACACGUCGGCGUCAACUUCAAUGGACCAGCAAACAGAACAUGGGCCUUCAAUAGGUCGAACCAGCUCUACAAACAGAUCACCUUCAGGUGAUACGGAAAACACAACAGAGGAUUUGAGGGCGGAGGAGGAUGAAGGAGCAGGGAAAAUGUCACAUGAUUCGGAUUCAGAUACAGAUUUGGAUCGGGACAGUGACAAGGGGGAAGAGGAAGGGGAGGAGGAAGAAGGGGAGGACGAACCGGAGUCACUAGCACAGUGGAUCAAACACGUUCACAAGCUGAAGUGGGAGAGACACAUUGAAUGUGAGAUUCGUCUGGCACACCACAAGCAUCUGCGCAAUUUGAAACAAGCCAUAGCAGCGGGGGAUGACAUUACAACAACGAACAAAUUCGAGAGACUGAAGAAUGAACAGGAGGUUAAUGAGUUUUACGCUACGCAAUAUGGAUGGAAGGCGAGGUUGGACAAGAAUGACAUCACGGUGCACAAUGUUGGGUGCGCCAAGCAGUUCAUCUGGCCCAAAUUUUACCAGCCACAUAGUCUGAAGAGAUCCGAACAGAAACGAAGGGCCCGACAGCAAGAAGCGGAGCGAUUGGGAAGUAGUGAUCAGGCUUUGUCAGAUUCCGCCCAGGGGUUAGGUGUGGAUGAACAGAUGGAAGAGGAAAAGAGGCAAGCAGCGAUCUUGGAGGCACAAGUCGAGGCUCUCAGGGAUCAGAACAGGGAAUUGGAGGAAGACACUGCAAAUUUGCAGAGAAUAGCCUACACUCCACACGCAAACAUCAAUGCAGCGGCCUUUCUGUAUAUCGUUCCCACUCAUAUUCCUUGCAAUUUGGUAUCGGAGCUGGUUCGAGAUUGCGACUUACCUGACGCUGGCGACAUUGUUACUUGGUGCGCUGACGAUGCUUCUGUGCAGCGCUUGAUAUAGCAGGGCCCGGGUAGAGGGGCCGGCCACAAGA